GCUGUAGCUAGCUUUUUAGUUAGUUUUUACUUGUAUUCAAAAAUUAUGUCGAAAAAGCAAGCCAUUUUGAUCUUUUCAGAUGAUUGAACAAGGAAUUUGAGUUGAUGAUUAUAGAUCCAUCUUUACGGUUCUAUCUAUUGAUCAUUUCGAUCUAUCAGAUAGAUUCGUAGUUACGAAGAUCGAAACGAGCAAUAUGACUCCCAUACGCACAAGAUCGUAGUGCUGUUCUGGUUGUGGAGCAGCCUAGGCGAAGCUGGUUGUGGGGAAGCGUAUUAAAAUAUCCACUACCUUAGACGUUGUUUUAUAUUUUGAAUCGUCUGUCAUUAGUAUUAUCAUCAAUCUUCUUCGUCAUGUCGAAGUUCUAAUACGUCUAAGGUGUUGUGUGUACGAGUACGUCUAAGGUGUUGUGUGACGGACCAAGAGAAGAUGCUAUGUCUACCGGCUGAACGGGUGUGCUGCGGCUGCGUUGGAGUGUAUCAGGCAGCGAGCGCAAUUUAAGAUUAGACAGAUUUUUUUGUUUUAGUCUUGUUCGUUUUUGUCAAGCACUCACUAUAAAAAACUACAAAGACAGACGAGUCCCAAGUGACGCGAUGGCCCUCAGCGAACUCAAGAAAAACGAGCUCGAUUUUUACACGAACGAACUUGCGUUCGUUUUCUUUUCUUUUUCUGUAAGAAAAUUCGUUCGUGUCCGAUAACUCAUCUCUUCAACAGAGCUUGCUCCUCUAACUCCUCUGUUUCUACUACUCGUUUACGGGUAUCGUGGCUAUGGUGGGGAUGAUCGCCAAUAUGGGCAGUAAUGCGGCAGCCGCGAGCGACCACGGGAAAAGCACAGAAGGAGCAAGGCCUCAGCUGAAGCCGAUAAGUACUACAGCAUAUAACUUUCUAUAGAGCAGACAUGAAGAACGUGUAGUUGUUGUUGCAGCAGUACCUCCUAGUUCAAAAAUAACACGUAUGGUUGUUGUAGGUUAUGUGGAUGUCGAUGUUCUUCAACAUGAGAAAAAAUGCAAAGGAAGAUGAAGAAGAAGUAAAAGGAGAUGAAGAACAAAUAGUUCUCCUACAACAACCUCUUGUCAGGCAUAUCAAUCAAUCAAUCAACAUAAAUAAGGCACGUGUUCAGGUCAGUUCCUCCUUGAAUUGGGUCUGAUGUAUCGAAUGGUCGGCCUGCUUUUCGGGAGUCGCGGGUAUGCGGGAAUUGUAACUCGACAAGCGACGCAAGUACGCUACGCCCUCAUGUAUACGAUCAGCUACUGCUGCGUCAUAUUGCUGUCGCUUUUGAGGGUACUUUUCUUAUAAGAGAUACUGGUAUAUUUUGUUUUUGUUUUCAGAGGCUUUCUUGUACUUGUAGCAGUAGCUAGUCAGAGCCGUGUCUGUGUCUCAACAGCAGAUGAGAAACGGUUGAAGUUUACUCCUUCUUCACUUUCACCCUCCUAGUAAUAUCUAGCACAACGACCUAUUAUUCUUUGAGUGUCUGCCCCCUAGGGUGAGCAAACCGUAUUCUCGCAACGAACUUGAGCUUCAUCAUCGUACAUAAUCGAAAUUUCUUACGACUGACCACAAUAACCCAGUUACCGACAUUGUGCGAAGAGUUUCCGGAGGUGAACUGCUCGAAUUUGAAAGCAGUUCUGGCAGCGAGUGUCGGCUUUGAGUUUUACAUGUACUCAUGAAUUAUAUAGUUUAGCAUGAUAGAUAAAGAAGCAGGACGAGGAGAAGAUGACCUUACUUCUAAUCCCCAUCAAUCACAAUCGUACUGAACGAAAACCUCUAAUCUCCUACUUCCUCCUCGAAGUAGAAACUACCUAUUGAUCACUCGUCAAAGAACACUGUCUUUUUCCACAACAUCUAUUUCCACAACAUCUAUUUCAGGUUUACCUAUUUCGCGUACGUUUUAUGGUCAUGUUCGGAGAAAAUUGCACAGGGUGUGAGCGACGUGCUUCCAAGGUUUCUGUUGGAUGAGUCGCUGGUGAACACGAGAGAGCUAUCAUAUUAUGGCUGCUUUACUUGGCUGCAUCAAUCCAUCUUUGUUUAAUGCGGAGCUCAUCUGAAAAAGAAAUAGAAACAGACAAACGUCAACGUGUUAAUACACAGAUGAGUUGUUGAAGAAAACAAAGAUGGGUCUGGGUGUUUUGUGUUGAGCUCUAAUCCCCUGAAUCCCCAACCCGAGGCACGGCCCCGAUUCCAGGACAGAUCGAACCUUUCUCAGGUCAGGGGCAUCGACUUGAGUAAAAAUCUAGGCUAUUUGCAAUUAUAGUUAGAUAGAGAUUCCCAUUCCUCUGAACCUCUAUAAUUUGUCCUCAUCGUUACCACUCCCUUAUCGAGCUAGAGCCUUAACCCUUAUGUAACACAAAGUCCUGUGGACCUCAGAAAUACCCUCGUGUGGGAUGGUAAUGAUUUGUGAUUCUUGGAGGUGCCAGCUCCCCACGCAGAUUCAAUUUUUUGAGGAAGGGGACCAACUUCUAUUAUGUUGACGUGUAUGUUGUUGUAUGAGCUACAUCUGAAAAUAUAAAAUGAAGUUACCUCAGAAUCUCUUUCUACCAAGAACAUAUCCACAUGAUCAUGUUCGCAAUCGUGGCAUGAAAUUGUAUAGGCAUACUUUAGGAAAUCGGAUGGGGAUCGCAUCUUCUACCACCAGAAACAAGGGUUGUUGUAGAUGAAUACAAUCUAUUUCUAUUUGAGAAUAUAGCAUGGGCAAUGCUGGAUGCGGUGGGUAGGAUGUAGAAGUAGAUGAUUUGUAUCUACUGAAAGUGAAGAGAAGCUAGUAGAUAAAGAUGGCACAGCAGAGUACUACAACUACAUAGAGAAAGAAGAAGUCCUUGCACAUUUUUCCGCUUGUAUUAAGGGCCUAGCCAUGCAUGAGCUCCGCUCAAAUAAUGACCCUCUCCUUCCCAUUUCUCUUUUUCUUUAGUUUGAACAGUUUUGUGUGGUGAAAGAGUUAUGAGAUUUGCAUCAGCAUUUUCGUGUACAGGUGAUUCGAUAGCAUAAAAUGAAACCAGAUGCUUCGCCUUACCCGGUUCCAGCAGAUGCUGGACAAAUCAUGUUGACAAUUGCUGUGGUCAGGAUAUCACCGUAAGCAGUGGAUUGAUGGCAUCACAUGAUGAAGUUUCCUGGGAAUACAAAAACGUAAGCUG